AUGGCAGCACAACAGAGUCCAGCCACGGGACUCACGGAAGCCGAGGUGACGCGUCAACUGACGCAACUCACCGCCGCCCUUCAGAGGGCGGAAAGUAGCCCCCGCGAGCUCCAGGCAGCCCUGGGCGCCUCCCAAGAGAGGACCCAGAGGCUGGAGCAGCAGCUGCUGCUGAUGCAGCAGCAAGCGGGAAGCACCGCUCCCGCGGGAGGACCCGCCAGCAGCGCGGCGCUGCCAGCGGUAGGAGGUAGCUUGCCCGUCUCACCUGUACAGUUAGGUCUCACAGCGCAGCUGAAAGGGGUAGACUUGCUAAAGCCCCCUAAGCCCCUUAAGAGCCAAGACGAGUGGGAGAGGUUUGUGUGUGCCGCCAUGAUCGACCCCACGUUUCCCCAGCACCUGGAGGAGGCCCGGAAAGGGUCAGGCGACGACGAAGACGACGCCACCCUGACGACCGAAUCCGAAGAGUACCGGGCACUUAGUGUAAAGCUUUUCGGGAUGCUGGUCAGUUUGGUCAGCGAGUGCCCACCGGCGUUCAAGAUCGCGCGCGGGAUCCGCCGCCAGGAUGGGUUCCUGCUGUGGAAGCAGCUUUGGAGGGAAUUUCAUCCUGAGCAAGCGAAUCGGGGCUUGAUCUGGCGCCGAGCGCUUCUGAGCCCCAAGUUUCCCAACAAGGAGGCCGACUUCUCGGCGGCUCUCCAGGAAUGGGAGAGCGACCUCGCCAAGUACGAGGCAGAGUUUGGGUCCGACAAGGCCAUCUCUGAGGAGGACAAGCGCGCUCUCUUGAUGGUGGAGUCGCCGGGAGCCCUAAAGCAGCACCUGGCGAUGACGGCCGGGCGCUUGACCAAAUACAAAAAUGUACGCAACCUCGUGGUGAGUUACCUUCAAGCCAAGAGGGUAUGGACCCCAAGCGGGGCAUACGCCCAGCCGACCCGCCAGAGACACCACGAUCCCGACCAGAUGGAGAUAGGGAAAGUGGGUGACAAAGGGAAAGACAAAGGCAAGGGCGGCAAAGGCAAAGAAGGAAAGGGCAAAGAAGGAAAAGGAAAAGGCGGAAAGGGCAAAGAAGGAAAGGGCAAAGACGCCCACAAAGAGAAAGAGAAGGAGAAGUGCCCGAUCUGCUGGUGCACUGGCCACACCGUGAAGGAGUGCUGGUACAACUCCAAGGGCAAAGGAAAGGGUAACCAGAAAGGUGGGGUGCACGCUGUCGCGGACGACACUGCCUCACAACUUUCUGCGGGACCCUCCGCGUCUGUCGCGGGGAGCACCGCCACCACGGCAAAGCCGGGGGUGCGACACAUCUCGGACGACAAGAUGCGGAUCCUUGCCGUGACGGAGGAGCGCCGAGGGUACCUCCUCGUGGACACCGGUGCGACGGUAUCGGUCUGUCGCCCGGAGACCUUCCAGUGCCCGGUCAACCCCGCGGGCCGGCAAAACAUGUUCAGUGUGGACGACACGCCCCUGGAUACCAGAGGCACGGUGGAACCAGUCCUGCGACUGGGCGGGACCCACCGCCAGGAGGCGAGGACCACUUUUCAGGUGGUGGGCGGUAUCACAGAUGACAUUUUGUCAGUGAGCCGUGCCGUGGAUGCCGGGGCCCGUGUGGUGUUCGACGCCGCCGGCUCUUACAUCGAAUGGGAAGACGGCUGCAGAGCCCAUACACCUACGGCACAGGCGGUGGCCGACUUCGCCCGUGCGGAGCGUGCCGCCGAGGAGGAACGCCAAGCGCUCCAAGCCGACCCCGAAGAGCGGGAGCGGCACAAGCUGACCCAUGUGCCUUUUGCACCGUGGUGCCCGGAGUGCGUGCAGGGCGCCGGCCGUGGCGGGCAGCACCGCAGGAAGACCGACACCGGAGAAAGGGGACUCGAGGCGGUGGUCCAGAUGGACUACACGUUCUACUCGAGGGGGGCCCAGCAGAAGCAGGCACCCGAGGAUGAGUCCACCCUGGUGACGGUGCUCACCCUGGUCGACAAAGACACGGGGUGGCCCUGCAGCGUGCAGGUGCCAAAGAAAGGGGCCGAGUGCGGGAAGUUCGUCCUGGACACCGUGGAGCAGUACCUGAACACCCUGGGCGCGGUGGAAGGGGAGCACAGCUACCUAGCGGGGCUGGUGCGCACCUGGCUCAUGGACCUGCAGAACCGGUACCCCAACUGCAUGGUGGAUGUCAACCGCACGGUGUUUCCUUGGUUGGUCAAGUACGCGGCGUGGUCCGCGGCGCGGUUUCAGGUUCGAACCACGGACAAGAUGACGGCUUACAAGAUCGUAAACGGGGUCGAGUACCUCUCGACGAUUUGCCGCUUCGGUGAAACCGUGAUGGCCAAACUUCCGAAGCCAGGAACCAAGUCGCAACGACGUUGGGUUAAGGGCAUCUGGGUGGGCAAGCUGGACAGAGACAACACGCACAUUGUCCUGACCGAGAGCGGCGCCCUCUCCAUUCGAUCGGUGAGGCGCCUUCCCCCAGAAGGCCAAGCCAACAGGACCCUGAUGGGCACCGUUGCUGGUGUGCCCUGGGCCCUUCGCCAAGGCCGGGUGCUGCGGGAGCCCCCGCCCAUGGUGGCACAACCUGUGGUUUUACCAGCCCCCUCUCUGGAAGCGGCAGCCAACGAGGCACCGGACGACUACAGAGAGCAAGAGGGCGAGCCACAGCUGCCAACCAUGGCGCACGAAGGGGAGCCCCAGCGUGUUGACACUGAGGCCUUGGACGUGGAAGCGGCAGCGAUCUUGGAGGACCUGGACGUGAUGGAAGACACCGAGGUUUUCCCCCAAGCUGGGGGAAUCGGAGACACCGCCCCGGGACACGCGGAACCAGCGGAGGCAGCCCCGGACAUCGCAACAGCGAGUGCGGGUGUACCCGCUGGAGCCUCGACAUCCGUUGGUGCGGGUUCCGCCGCCAGCGCGGCGGCCAGUCCCUCAGCUGCGAGAGCAGCACCUUACCCCACAGGCCUGGGUGAAGGGGGGCUGGGGAUCGACCGCCUGCAGGCGGAAGCCCAGAAUCUCUGGGAGAGGAUCGAACAUUGGGCCAACGCGGGCGACCCCGCUGUGUACCAGCAGCGCCUUGCAUCCGUGAUGGAACUUCUUGAUUCCUGCCCGGACCCUGCCGCGGUGCAGGAAGCUCGGCUUGCUCAGCUCCAGAAGCUGUGGCGCCUGGGCGCUUUCACGCCGGUACACAAGUGGCAGAAGCCUGCUGAAGCGCAGGUGUUCCACUACAAGUGGGUCGACAAAGUGAAGGAGGGCACGGUGAAGUCACGAUUCACCUGUGCUGACAUUAUAAGCGCCCACGCCUUGCUCGAGAUCACGGCAUUGCAGAAAGGUUGCGCCACGCGCUCCUUCGACAUUGUCGCUGCGUUUCUCAUUGGGCAGGACCGUGGGGCACAACAGGAGAAGUGGGUCUACGUGCGACCCCCGCCAGAGUGGAGGCCCAUCUGGGAAGAGUGGGUGCGGGCGCAACCGCCUGCACAACAGCCCGAACUCUGGGAGAGUUUCGACCAGAUGCUCUUCCGACUCGAUGGCAACCUAUAUGGCAGGAGGACCGCAGGCUCGGUUUACAGAGAUGAGCUCGAAGAGCUUCUCUGCGUGAAGCUCAAAGAGACCGGACGCUACGACUUUAGGUGUGCGGGCGACGCCGCCGCCCUAGAUAGGUUGCUAGAUGAGGAUCUCUGCGCCCACUGCGAGAUCACCACCGGACCCCUUGAGGCCGAAGGUGUCUCAGUCGAGGUUCUAGGCAAGACCAAGACCCGGCUACCAGGGUGCAUCCUCACAGCUCCGGAUCCGAAGCACGCGGAGAACAUCAUCAAGGCUUUGGGCCUGAAGCCAGGUGAGAAAUCACCGGUUCCCUCCAGGAAGCCCGACCUGAGCGACACCACUCCCCUCGAGGCGGGAGAUGCCGCCAGGUACCGUUCGGCAGUCGGCCCGGGGAUUUACCUCUCAGCCGACAGGCGAGAUAUCCAAUACGCUGUUAAGGAACUCGCUCGCCACAUGUCUGCGCCGAGGCGCUGUGACAUGAACCAAGCCCAGUUGCUUGGAAGGUACCUGCAGCAACACCCCUCCUUGGUGAGGGUAACAGCCCUUGACCCCGGAGCGCACGACGGGACGCUCCAGCUCGACGUCUUCUGCGACAGCGACUGGGCAGGCUGUGUGGAAACCCGGCGGUCUACGGACUGCCAUGUGGUUGUGCUCGGGGGCGCGGUCGUUACCACGGCGACCCAGACCCAGCCGGGACUGCCAGCGACCAGCAGCCCAGACGCAGAGCUCCGCGGCAUUAGCCGCGCCUGCCGGGAAGCCCUCUUCGUCCACGAGCUAGCGACGCUAGACUUUGGGCUCGAGGUAGAAAUCCCGAGAAUCUGGGGCGACAGCAGCACCGGGAUCACGGCAGCCAAAAGGAUUGGCCCAGGAACGAAACUGAGACACCUUGAUGUGUCCGAAUUCUACGUUCAAGGGGCCGUCCAGGCCGGAAAGACCUUGCUGAGGAAAGUGAAAGGCACAGAGAACCCGGCGAACUUCCUUACGAAGCACGCCAAGACAGGCAACGAGGUUGCACAGGCUUUGCCAUCCCUUGCCAUGGUGGACCCCACCUUGGUUGCGGGAGCAUCCGCCGCGGAGCGGCAUUCGGUGAAGCUUGUGCGGGAAAACCCGCCCAGUCAGUGGAAGCCGGUUCUCCCUUUCAAGCCGACGGUAAGCAUCGUCAGCGCCAUUUUGGCGAACCAAAUCCUCGGAGUGAGGGCACAGCCACGCGAGGAGGAAAUCAUCCAAUGGACCCUGCAAGCAACCAUGCUGCUGGGUAUCCUUACCUGGUUGGUUGUCCUGUGGUUUGUGGUGAAGACGGUGACCGGGCAGAACGCUGCAACGGCUAAGGAACACUCGGAGCCCACGAGCGAGCCCGAGGAAGAGCUACCUGAAGAACCCGGGGGAGACGAAGUCCCGGAGGAGGUGGCAACGCCACCGGUAGCGGUCGAGGACCUCUUCCGCGCUCCGGCGCGGGCGGCUCCGCCGAGAGACCUGCGACCCCCGGCUCCUGAACCAGAGCCUCACGAUGGGGAUGCGGGUGCAGCCGCCGAGGCGGCAGCCCCGCCGCCGCCAGCGGCACCCCAAGUACGGGCAAGGCGCCGCCGACUCCAACCUGGAGCGCGCCUGCCGCCGGUGCCGCAGCACCAGUUCGGAGAGCUUUACUACGCUCCCACGAGGCGCACAGUUCACCUUUACAGGAACUGUGUCGGGUCAUCACCGAAAAUCUUUGUUUCACCUGCUGGGGUGGAAUGA